AUGCUGCCAGCAGUUAUAGUUACUUUAGCAACUUUCCUACUGGAACUGUGUAGCUCAUCGCCUGUAUAUAACAUGCAACCAGCAUUCAUCACUAAUACUUUAGGUGCCACCACCGGCAGAAACAUAAGAAACUUGCCGUGUAUAUCUAGGAAAAAUAACAACCUCCACGGAGUCUGCAUGUUCGCGAUAGACUGCGUGAAGGCGAACGGCACCCACCUAGGAACUUGCAUAGACAGGUUCUAUUUCGGCUCGUGUUGUCUAGUCGAGCCUGUGCACGACAUAAUCGAGAACACGAUAGAAUCUGACAUAAUACCCCACAGAGAACCACCCCUUCGACUAACGAAUACUACUACCACUUCUACGACAAUCAGUAGUACAAAUGUCGAUGAUAAAGUAGAGACAAGCACAUUGAAUCUUACUUCACCCACUGUUGUUACAACUGAGAAAAUGGUGACAACUACAAUCGUCUUGGAACUUUUUGAACAAAAAACGAAAGCACCUACGUUGAGCGAUUACAAGGUACCAGUAAACGAAACAAAACCUUCCAGUGAAGAAACUAGUACAAAAUUACCUAGCACAACGAUAGAGGCAACAACUACACCACAAAAACUGCAGACAUUCCUAGUUAUAGAUGGAAGUACAUUGGAAGAUGUGACAGUUAAACCUACCACUGCAACAGUUGCAACAACCAAACUCACUACUACGACAACUACAACUACUAUAAAACCAGUACAAACUAAACCAGUUUCCACAAAAUCUACUACUGUGAAAUCUACUACUCUGAAACUUACUACCGUGAAACCUACUAGUAAACCAACUCCAAAACCAACCUUGAAACCUAAACCAGUGAGAAUUACCACUACAACCUUCAAACCGACAAAACCGUCUCGACCUCCACCCACAAAAGUCACCCAAAAACCCAUAAAAGCUCCUGCUAAACCAGUAAGAACUACAACUAGAAAGCCAGCUCAAACACAGACAACUAAAUCACCUACGAAGAGACCCCCUUCUGUUACACCCAAACCUACAAAAAAGGUUACUACUACCACCACAAUUCGAACAACAACUACCACCAAAGCACCAGCUUCAACCACUACAGUAAAACCUAUAAGCACCACAACCUCUGUAUCAAAGACAACCCAGAAACCUGUAGAUGUAACCAUAAAAGAACAACUAGUUUUAACUACAACGGUUUCUAAUGAGAUCCCCGUGAACAAAAUUAAUGUGUCGCAAAUCUUAGAGACGGUUAAUGGUAAUCCAGCAACAAAUGAGAUAGAAGCUGCGAAACCGGUGGAACCUUUAGUAACGACUAAACCAAGCACGAAGCCGGGAUUGGUGACUUGGACAGUAGCAGAUGAUAAAAUCCAUACCGAGCCAUCGUCUACUGAAGCAACAAACACCACAACUGACGACUGGGUACCGAUAACAACACCAGAUGGAUGGGUGCUGCUCCCCAGCGUGGAACCAAACGCCACCAACCUAGAAAUCCCAGAAACGACAUCAUCUGCGCCACUGCUGUCCAGUCUUUCGACUUCAUCAAGUUUACCACCUUCAACAAGUUCACCAUCUACAUCAAGUUCGUCUUCAACCACUCCAAUGACGUCCACGUCCACCAUAACAACAACUGUGCUUUCUUCUACAGUAACAGAAGGAAAACCUUCCGUAACGUAUAUUCCCCUUGAAACAACCACUGAAUCAAUAAUAUCUUCAUCCACAAGUAAUACUACAACAGAGCCACAACCUGUUGCAACAACGAUUACUUCGGAAAAUACCACAACAUCCGCUCCAGCUCCAGCUCAUCCAGUGAAUAUGAGCGACUUUACUGACGUGUGCGGCAGGAGGAUGUACCCGGAGGCCCGGAUCGUCGGCGGCGAAAAAUCGUCUUACGGCAGGUGGCCCUGGCAGAUAUCCCUGAGGCAGUGGAGGACCUCCACGUACCUGCACAAGUGCGGGGCAGCGCUGCUGAAUGAGAACUGGGCCAUCACGGCGGCUCACUGCGUGGACCAGGUACCACCCAGCGAGCUGCUGCUGCGUUUGGGAGAGCACGAUCUCUCCACCGAGUCGGAGCCUUAUUUGCACCAGGAGCGUCGCGUGCAGAUAGUGGCGUCCCACCCGCAGUUCGACCCCAGGACCUUCGAGUACGAUCUGGCGCUCCUGCGGUUCUACGAGCCAGUUAACUUCCAGCCCAACAUCCUGCCCGUUUGCGUGCCGCAGACGGACGAAAACUUCGUCGGAAGGACCGCGUAUGUCACCGGAUGGGGGAGGUUGUACGAAAAUGGCCCGCUCCCCAGCGUGCUGCAGGAGGUCUCCGUGCCCGUCAUCAACAACACCGUGUGCGAGACCAUGUAUAAAUCGGCGGGCUACAUCGAGCACAUCCCCCACAUCUUCAUCUGCGCGGGGUGGCGCCGUGGUGGCUUCGAUUCCUGCGAGGGCGACUCCGGGGGACCGAUGGUCAUCCAGAGGGAGGACAGAAGGUUCCUGCUAGCAGGAGUCAUUUCCUGGGGAAUAGGGUGCGCGGAACCCAACCAGCCGGGGGUCUAUACCAGGAUCAGUGAGUUUAGGGACUGGAUUAAUCAGAUAUUGCAGUUCUAAGUUUGAGAAUUUGGAAUUUCGAUCUGAUAGAGAGAAGUUAGGAGAGGGAGGCUAUUUUAUUUUAGAAUUAGAAACAGCAUCUGUCAAAAAAUGCGCAUAACUCGAUAACUGGUAGCAAUAGCAAAGCGACUUUUAUUUCAGGGCUAGAAUGACUCACAUUUUUGUGAAGCAUCGGGAACUCUCCGUUUCAGGAAGAGGAGAAUAAAAAUAAGAUUAAACAAAACAAAUUGUAAUCCAUUUGCAACAGCUAGUAUUUUUUCAGUUAAUAUUUUUGUCACAAAUUUAUAAAAUGCUUCUAUUACAAAUACCAAUGGAACAGGAUGAUCAGCAAUAUCAUUUUUGUAAGAAAUAUACCCAUUAAGUUCAUAUAUACAAGACAUUUCUUUGCAGAUAGGGCGUAAUUUAAUGGAAAAUUUCUGAGAUCGAAAUAGGGUGCCCGAGUCAAACAUGCCUUGAUCAAAUAUUGCUUCUAUUCAAUCUACAGGACAUCAACAUUAAAAAAGAAAAUAGAACUCUGACAAUAUUUCUAAACGAUUGCACCAAUCAAGUUAAAACAUUCAGUAGACAUGUUUUUAGUAAGAGAAUUUUAAUGAUAAUAACAGUAAAAUUCAUGGUAAUAAUAAUUUUUUGUUAAUAUCGCUAUUUAGUAAGCAAUAAGACAGAAAAUCGUUUUUAUCUCAAAAAUGUAUUCUUUUAUUUUUGCUUUUAACAAAUCUACUACUUUUUAAGUACUCAAAUUGUAAGUAUGUGAAGCAUAAGAAAAGCUAAAAUUAAAUUUAUACCACCAGUACUGUGUAGCAAACGUCAUCUAUUUUUGAUAAUUCUCUCUUAAUUUGAUUAUGACAUUUU